CCACUUCGAGUCUUCGAACGACUCCACACUCUCGUCGUCGUCGUUGGCCAUCGCUCGGCCGCUCCACCAUGCUGUCCAUCGCCAUGGCCGCGCGCCCCGUCGCCGUGAGCCGCUCGCGCCGCCCGCGUCUGCCGACCCAGGCAGCGUCUGCUGCUGCUGCUGAUUCGGAUCCCUCUUCCUCCCCCGCGGUAGCGGUUCGUGGAGUCAACAAACAGGAGGCAACGGCGAGGCGCUCGUGCUCGCGCCCCAUGGUUCUGGCUUCCGUGGCGGUGGGGAGUCUGGUCGCCGCUGGCGCCGCAAAUGCCACCGAGCUAUGGGAUCCCUUGGCUUUGCACGGAUCGUCAGGACUCAUCUUGGCUGACCUUGGCAUUGGAGAUUGGUUUGGGGGUUUGCUGUUUUCAGCUGGGCAGCAGGCUAAUGAGGCUGUCCAAGAUCAGUUGUCUGCUCUUAGUUUCUCUAGCUUGGCAGUUAUUUUUGGUGCUGGACUUGUAACUAGUUUGUCUCCUUGUACACUCAGUGUUCUACCAUUAACUCUAGGAUAUAUAGGUGCAUUUGGCUCAGGGAAAGGCCGAUCUGAGGUUGUUGGGAAUUCAAUUGCAUUUUCACUAGGACUAGCAACAACCUUAGCUAUUCUUGGUGUUGCUGCUUCUUUUGCUGGAAAGGCUUAUGGUCAGGUAGGUCAAGGGCUCCCGGUGGCUGCUUCUGGUUUGGCCAUCAUCAUGGGAUUGAACCUUCUGGAGGUACUUGAGUUGCAACUUCCCUCAUUUUUCAGUGAUUUUGACCCUCGAGCUGCUGCAGCUAACCUCCCUUCAGGUGUACAAGCAUACCUUGCUGGUCUUACAUUUGCAUUGGCAGCAUCACCUUGCAGCACACCUGUUCUUGCUACCCUUCUGGGAUAUGUUGCCACUUCAAGAGACCCAAUUAUUGGAGGAAGCUUAUUGUUGACAUACACAACGGGCUAUGUUGCGCCUCUUCUUGUUGCAGCUUCUUUUGCUGGAGCAUUGCAGAGUUUGUUGUCAUUCAGAAGAUAUUCGGCAUGGAUAAACCCAAUCAGUGGCGCAUUUCUACUUGGUGGAGGUGUUUAUACCCUGCUGGACAGAGUGUUUCCAGCAACAUCAAUGGCAAUGUAGACCAUUGUUGGACAAGAAUUGUUACUUGUUAGGCAACAGUCUGUUUGGUGUGUGAUAAAAUUCGGAUGUGAAGUAGUGAAAUGAUGCUAACAAAGUUUAGUCGGUUCUCUUUGCGCUGUAUAGGCAUGCAGAGCAUCUCGGGACAAGCAAAACAUCUUGACCUCAGUACUGUAGUCUGCAUCACCCUGUAUGGGCCUUGAUAAUUGGGGCUGGAGGUCUACCCUACUUAAAUGUAUUUCUUGGUAGAUUGAAAGAGUAUGAAAUCCAUAUAAAUACCAGAACAGGAAAAUAUGAGUAUAUGACUAUGCAAGUAGUCAUAGGGAUGCUUAUGAUUCCAACCACCACAUAACCUGUGGUAUGCUCUCUGUUCA